GAAGCUUUAUUACAAAUCAACAAAGGAAGGGGUAGGAAGGAUCUGUACUAGGUGUCUUGGGUGCGUCUCGGGUCUCAUCAAGAACGAACAUGUUUUCGGGUUUGGCAACCAUGACUGGAUUUCUAUCUGUCCCUGUGGCCUUGUUUAACGCGGCAACGGGCAAUAAGUUCCAUGUAAGCACGGUUACUAGCAGUAGGGAAAUGGAGGUACACGAAGUGUGAAGGGGACAGGAAGCAGACCCCGAGUCCCAGUCAUAUCUUUGUGUCUUGUGUCGUCCUGCCUGGAGCUCGGGAGACCAUGAGCAAUUCAUUACACUAUCUACCCCUUGUGCUGAGUGGAUUUUUCAUCUUCAUUGCAGACACCACAGCUGGCUGUAUCAAUUCGCUACCUCUCAAUCUGCGAGCCUUCCCUGGAACAGACAUAGUCCUCAGUUCACCUGGUUUUCCAAAUGGAUACGAAAACAACAUGAGUUGUGAAUGGCGGAUCACAGCUUCUUUCAACUACGUGGUGAGGCUGACGGCCACCUACGUGGACAUAGAGCACGUGGCUGGGUGCACCAAGGACUACAUUAGCAUCUACGAUGGCAAUUCGUCAUCCGCCGCCCUUCUGGGGGAGUACUGCAGUUACUGGUGUACACCAUUAGAAAGCAGCGGUCUACAAAUGUUUAUUCGCUUUGUCACGGACACCAAUGUCACAGACGAAGGGUUUCAACUGACGUACACCGCCGUCCGUCCACCAACGGUGCCACAGAUCAUCUUGACAGCGCCCUCUGUUGAGAUCCCAAGUUCGGCAGCCGUGUCCAUCGCCACCCCCGACAGCAGCAGCAGCAGACAGGACCUGCAACUGGCCAUCAUCGGCGCCGUCGUUGCGGUCGUCUGCGUGUUCGGCUUGCUGAUCACCGUCUGCUACGUGGUCACGGUGAAGAAGAACACCAGCGCCCGUGUCGGCGCCAUGCCCUCGCGGGCAGGAGGGGGCCUGACGAGGGCGGGAAGGCGUGUGGCCGAGGAUUUCGUGGAAUACGACAACAGCCUUUUCAUGGUGCCGGUGCCUUUUCCUCCACACUACUCCUCAGCGCCUCCUCCAGAGUACUCCUCGGACCCUCCACCAACCGAUUCGGUCGAGUCGAGCCCUCCGGCUGCUUCAGAUGCUAGAAAUGAGGUCAGUGCUGCAGCCAGUCCUGGAAACGAGGCUUCUGUUGAGGUUUCCGCAUCACCGAGCACUGGAGUAACAUCGGAGCCCCACAGGCUAGCCAGCUCGACCAGUAGCGUCCAGUGAAACCGUUAGGUUUUCUUGACCUGCAGACCUGCCCGUCGUCGUACAAUAUACAUCAGUUUACAUUGACAUUGUGUACGAAUCCAAUUUCGAAACAUUACUCUACAUAACACUGUCAUUGUUUAUUCAUUCAUUUGUGAUGCUGCUGUUGUGGCUAUUGUUCGCUCGUUUAUUGAUGUACUCGCGAAAAUGCGAAAAUUUUAAUAAACUGCAACACACAGCAGUUGUUAUUAACCAAGA